AUGGCUGGUGAACCCGAUGUGCCCCAAAAUAUCCUCUCUUGUGCUAGCUGUGCCAAACCCGCCAAUCUUCAGUGCCCAAAAUGCAUGGACUUGAAGCUUCCUCGUGCAGGUUCUGCCUUCUGCUCUCAGGAAUGUUUCAAGUCUUCAUGGAGCUCACACAAAUCAGUGCAUCUGAAGGCAAAACUAUCCUCACCUGGCACACAAAAUUUAGGUUCACUUGGUGAAGAUUGGUUAUAUUGUUUGAAGGGAGGGCAGGCUCGAACGCCAAAGCUUCCUUACUUUGACUGGACUGGACCACUGCGGCCAUAUCCCAUUUCUAGUAAACGGAUUGUCCCAGAUCAAAUUGAUAAACCUGAUUGGGCUGAUGAUGGAGUUCCCAAAAUUGAGCCCAAUAGUAGUCUGCAGUAUACUAUUGAGGUCAAAACUCCGGAUCAAAUUGAGAGAAUGAGGGAAACUUGUCGAAUUGCAAGGGAGGUACUGGAUGCAGCUGCUCGUAUCAUUCAGCCUGGUUUGAUGACUGAUGAGAUUGAUAGAGUUGUUCAUGAGGCAACUAUUGCUGCAGGAGGAUAUCCAUCACCUCUCAAUUACAAUUUCUUCCCUAAAUCUUGUUGCACGUCAGUUAAUGAAGUAAUCUGCCAUGGGAUUCCUGAUGCAAGGAAGCUUGAGGAUGGUGACAUUGUAAAUGUUGAUGUCUCUGUGUACUAUAAAGGUGUUCAUGCUGAUCUCAAUGAAACAUUCUUUGUGGGAAACGUUGAUGAUGAGUCUCUCCAAUUAGUAAAAUGCACGUAUGAGUGCCUGGAGAAGGCAAUUUCUAUUGUUAAACCAGGGAUACGGUUCCGUGAAAUUGGUGAAGUUAUUAGUCGUCGUGCUUCAAUGUUUGGCUUCUCAGUGGCAAGAUCAUAUUGUGGUCAUGGAAUUGGAGAGCUCUUCCAUUGUGCACCAAAUAUUCCUCAUUAUGCAAGGAAUAAAGCAGUUGGUGUGAUGAAGGCUGGACAGACCUUUACAAUUGAACCAAUGAUCAAUGCCGGUGUUUGGCGUGAUCGAAUGUGGCCUGAUGAAUGGACUGAUGUUACAGCCGAUGGUAAAAGAAGUGCUCAAUUUGAGCAUACUCUUCUGGUGACAGAAACUGGUGUUGAAGUUUUAACUGGGAGGUUGCAGACAUCACCCAAUGUUUUUCCUUGGCUGAAUUCAUAA